UUUGGGUUUCAGCCACGUCUUCAGUCUCGGAGCAGAGCUACACAGAAGAGCCAAAACAGGAAGGAGGUUGUAUAUCAGUGUGCAAAAGGGGAGGACCGAAGCUUCCCCUCCCCCCGCUCCUCCAGUCCCCUCGCAUACUCUUCCUCCACCUUCCCCACCGCUUUUUUUUUCUUUAUUUUUUUUCUUUUUUUUUACUUUUUUUUUUUUUUACUUUUUUAUUAUUAUUAUUAUUUUUAAACCACGUUGGAAAAGCCGUCUGCCUGAGUGGUUUGAGAGACAGGGAGACGGCUUCAGAGCUCCGGGCAGGUCUCUGGACACCGGGGGGGAGGCUCCUGUUCCCCGUCAGAAAGCUCCAGCACCGCGGGCCACAUCCCCAACAGCGCGGACAGCAUCCCCAGGUCCAGUGACAGCAUCCCCAGCACCACGGGCAGCGCACGCCGCCAACAUGGCUCCGAUCACGGCCAGCCGCCAGCACUUCGAUGAAAUUCCUACAGUGGUUGGGCUCUUCAGUGCAUUUGGCCUUGUCUUCUCUGUCUCCCUUUUUGAUUGGAUCUGCUGCCAGCGCAAAUCUUCCAAAUCCAACAAGACCCCUCCAUAUGAGUUUGUCCAUAUUCUGAAGGGAGUUGAUAUUUAUCCUGAGAAUCUCAAUAGUAAGAAGAAGUUUGGAGCAGAUGAUAAAAGUGAAGCAAAGAACAAAUUGGCAAUGCCUAAGAAUUCUCUCCAUCUAGACCUAGAGAAGAGAGAUCUAAAUGGCAAUUUCCCCAAAACAACCUCUGAAAUACAGAGCUCUCCAUAUCUUGAAAAUGUGUCUCCGAAACACUUUUCGGAAAGUAAGAAAAAUUCAGUAUCCCCUGAUAGUUUAAAGUCCAUCACAUCCCUUUCAUCUGAAGAAAAACAAGACAAGCUAGGAAUACUCUUUUUCUCUUUAGAGUACAACUUUGAGAAAAAGGCAUUUGUAGUGAACAUCAAGGAAGCACGUGGGCUGCCAGCAAUGGAUGAACAGUCAAUGACUUCUGAUCCCUAUAUCAAAAUGACAAUCCUGCCUGAAAAAAAGCACAAGGUGAAAACCAGAGUGCUGAGAAAAACCUUAGAUCCAGCUUUUGAUGAGACUUUCACAUUCUAUGGGAUCCCCUACAGCCAAAUUCAAGACUUAACACUUCACUUUAUGAUCCUGAGCUUUGACAGGUUUUCCAGAGAUGAUGUCAUUGGAGAAGUCCUCAUCCCCCUUGAAGGAACUGAAUUGUCAGAAGGAAGGAUGCAAAUGGACAGAGAGAUCAUCAAAAGAAAUGUUAGGAAAUCAUCUGGGUGUGGAGAAUUACUGAUCUCUCUCUGUUAUCAGUCUGCAACAAACACGCUAACUCUUGUUAUUUUAAAAGCCAGGCACCUACCUACAUCUGAUGUUUCAGGAUUAUCAGAUCCUUAUGUCAAAGUGAACCUGUACCAUGCUAAGAAAAGAAUUUCUAAAAAGAAAACCCAUGUGAAGAAGUGUACCCCCAAUGCAGUGUUCAAUGAAUUGUUUGUCUUUGACAUUCCUUGUGAGGGCCUUGAUGAUAUCAGCAUUGAAUUUUUGGUUUUAGAUUCAGAUAGAGGGUCAAGAAAUGAGGUCAUUGGCCAGUUAACCUUGGGAUGUUCAGCAGAAGGAACAGGUGGAGAACACUGGAAGGAAAUUUGCGAAUAUCCUAGGAGACAAAUUGCCAAAUGGCAUAUGUUGUGUGAUGGUUAGCAGCUCAGAGAGGGGUUGGAACUUGAAAAACUAUAUAUAAUUUCCAUAGGCAAGGAGCAGUUUUCUUUCUUUGCUAUGUAUAAUUACAGGCUUGUAACUACAAGACUUUUUUUUGUGGGGGUGGGGGAGUAAAAACUGGAUUGAAUUAUCAAAAUAGAAGGUAACUAAAUUUUCAGAGUAAAUAAAGGAAUUUCUAUUUCAUUAGGCUUUAACUUAAUUUGAUUAAAUUUAUAUUCUUCUGCAGUUUACAUAGCCUAAAACUUCUGAAGCAGUAUAAACUUCAACAAGGAAGUCUAUCUUCUUGAUUGUUUCAUUAAAUGAAAAACAAAGAAAAUAGUGAGACAGAUUACAAAACCUUUUUCAGCCAUUUAGCUUCCUGAGCUGUGAGUUAUAUCAUUACAGUCAAUAAGACUACUCACAACAUACGAAGUUUAAUGCAUUUUUUAACUUUUGCAGGAUAGGAAAACAAACUAUCAUUAUAAUUUAUACAGUAUUAUGUUAGACAAACUACUUGAAAAGUGCAUUUCACUUAGCUGAUAUGCAUUAAUGUCCAUUACUGAUUGUACUGAAAAUUGGUGGUGGUAAGAAAAAUUUUUAUAAUGUCUUGUUAGUGUGACAUAUGUAUGCUUAAACUUAAAUUGUGCCAGGCUAGGGGAAUAUAAAGUGUCAAAACCCAAGUAUAUAAACAAAGCAUCUAGGCCUGUGAAAUUUACUCUUGGUCACACUUCAUACAUUUUUAGGCUGUCAGAACUAUAGCACAACUAUAAGAUUAUUUCCUAAAGUUUGUACACUGAUUUCUGAUACAGAAGUUUGCAAAUACUACUCCUAUGUCAUUUUUACAUUAUAUAUAAAGAAGAAUAUGAUGUUAGUUGUUAACUGAAUAAUGAUUUUAAAAGUGGAAAACAGUUUUCAGUAUUUUUGCAUAUAUAAUUUUGUCACAUGUAAUCCCACUACAAUGAAUGAAACUAUUUGGGAAUUAAGGUAUUGCUCAAUGUGAGUAAAGGUAACAGAAUGGGCAUACCAGGAAAAAAAAAUGUUUUAGAUGUUCAGUUACGCUCAUUAAACAACGGAUGCAGGUCUUAUUCAAAACUGUUGGAGAUUUGUUGACUUUUCUCUGUUCCCAUAUGGCCAAAUUAUGUUUGCAGUAAAGGACACUGAAAUAUGAAAUAUGCAAGUAGAGAAAUAGUACUGGAAGAAUUCUAUUGAGGGUCUUUCAUGUUUUGUGUCAGUAAUUUCUCCAGUUUUUGAGAAUGUUUGAUAUAACACUGUUUAUAAAUUUUGUAAAAAUUCAUUUUCAAAAUAACAUAAACAAGCUGUCUAUGAUAACACUCAAUGUAAAAAAAUGCGUAUUGUAUGUAUAAAGGAGAGGAAUCUUUUUUGCUUAUUUCUUUAGAAAGCUGAUGAACUGCUCAAGGGCUAGAGUUUGCCAAUCCAAUUAUAUCAAGUAGAUAUAAUUCAAGGACACUAAGUCAAAGAAAAGAUGCCCACAGGCUUCAGUGGGGUUUGAAGUGGAAUCACAAAGCAAAACUCUUCUUGUGAGACAACAGCACAAUGGCACCAUAGAUAGGGGGAGACACUCUUUGAUUUAAUAUUGUCUGAGAGAGUUUAAGGCAGCACCAUGCGGCCAGAGUUGUUACUAUUUCUAGUAAGGACAUAACAAAAUUCAUAAUGAAAGUGAUUGCACCAAAUAGAGUGGUAGAGUGGUAUUGCCUGCAAUUUAAAAAACAAAAAAAAAAAAAAAGAAAAAAAAAAGAAAGAAAGGAGG